AUGAAGCCAAGGCAAGCUACCUCCAGAGUACAAAGAACGGCGAUCCCCCGGCGAAGUUUGAGGGGAAAGCUAUCCGGGGGAGAAUCCACUGGACGGGAUUUCAGAGACGAAAUCCUGGCCGGGUUGAUCCAGGGAAAUCCAUGGAAGCUUGGUGUCAUCCUUGAGGGUCUGCCUCUACACGUGAGCCGUAUCACGGGAUCUCCUCUCCCCCUUCUCCCUGACCUGGAGAUGCACAUGGGGAAGGACCAACGUCACGAUCUCGACUGGCAGGGGCUAGUCGGCAUGAACAUGGGGCCUGCUGUGAAACCCAGAUCGAUACGAACGGCUCCAGGAUACCAGCACCAUUGGCUCCGCGCGCCGUGGGAUGGCAUCGUUGGUGUCAAGAGCCAAGGUCAGAUCGUCCAUCAAGGCUUUAUCCCUCUGUACUCGUGGCAGACCCACGCGUCUGCGGGACAGAGGCCAAUCAGCCCUUGCAUUUUACUACAAAGUUGGCGGGUGAUCGAGGGCGCAUUAGCAGCGUUGGAGUCUCGCACGGCAACGGAGGACAGAAGCAGUCAUGUCGAAAGCCGAUCGGACAGGAUCAGGGGACGAGCCGAGAAUUCCCGCCGUGCAUCGCUUUCUGCCCAAGACAUCCAGAGGAUUGGAUGCAUCACGAGUUUGGCCGGACAGGUCGGUGCCUGA